AUGAGUUAUUCCAGCGUGAUCAUUGGACUAGGUUCCGUGGCGUUGGCACUAUUAUUUCCACCUUUGGCUUGGCAUUCCAAGACUAGGAAUACACCGGCUAUUAUUCUGAUCGUUUGGCUCAUCAUCAUGGAUAUAAAACUGAUCGUUGACGCUGCUAUUUGGGGUGGUUCCGAUUUUGCGGAAAAAUGGGCGGGCUAUGGCUGGUGCGACUUGAUGACUAAAUUGCAAAUUGGUGCCAAUGUGGGGCUAUCUUGCUCUGUGGCCAAUAUAGCUUAUAAUCUGCACACAAUUUUGAGGGCUGAUACGGUGUUGCCGGAGCCCAACUCCUGGCGUAAGCUUCGCGUUGAUUUGAGUGUCAGUCUCAUUACUCCAAUCGUGACCAUGGGACUGUCCUACGUAGUGCAGAUUUUUCGUUUUGGGAUCUUCCGGUAUAACGGGUGUCAAAACCUACUGUCACCUUCGUGGCCCACCGUUAUUGUUUAUACCAUGUGGAUGUUCCUUUGGUCUUUGGUUGGCUUAAUUUACGCAAUUCUGUUGCUAUACGUUUUUUACCGUAAGCGCAAGGACGUGAAAGACAUUCUCCAUUGCACUAAUAGCGGUUUGAACUUGGCACGGUUUGCGCGCCUUCUUUUCUUUUGUGUGCUGAUCAUUCUCGUAAUGUUCCCAUUUUCAUUUUACUCAUUUGUUGUUGAGCUCGAGCAGUUAAGCGGGGGUUACGAUUUUCAAGCAAUUCAUGAUCGCAUGACUUGGAACACUAUCGUUCGCCUCGAUCCGGGGAAACCACUUUAUAGUGUUUGGCUUUACAUUUUAAUGUCCUAUCUGGUAUUCGUUGUUUUUGGUUUGGGCACGGAUGCUAUUGGAAUGUAUGCAGUUUGCGCCAGAAAUCUUGGAAUGGGACCUAUGCUCGAUCGCAUAACUCAAUAUUUGAACUCGAGAAGCGAGAAGCGCACAUCCAAUGCCGUUUCCUACUUUUACAGCGAACAAGAUGCAGGCAAAAGCGCAGGUCGUUCAGGCAGUGCAUCCGAUGGUACCAGCGUUUUCAAAUCUACCAAGGGGUUUUCAGACGGUAGCUCUUUUGAAAUGGGCGGUUCUACCCCCACUUCCCCCUCUCAUUUCAUAAUUGACUAUCUAUUGCCCCAUGAAAAGGCACGCAAGGAAAAGUUGAAAAGAAGUGGAGGCGGUGUGGACGACCUCGAGAGUAUUUCUUAUAUGGCUCACCCUACGGACCCUAUUAGUUUCGAAGACGAUAUUCCUAUGGGCGAGCAAGCUCCUAAGAACGUAUAUGGUGGCCACGUAUCCUAUCACUUGUACCGUCCACCUUCUCUAUCGAACAGCAGCAGCGGCAGAAUCUUGACCGAAGAAGACAGAAACUUGAACUCCGAGGAGAAAAACUUGACGUACACCGAGCUUCAAGUAAACAAUCUGUGA